CUUUAGAUGGAAAAAGUGAUGGCAUAAUGUGUACAGUCUGCGAAGCACUUUCCUCCUACCAAGAGCACAUUACAUUCUUUUAGGGCAUACCUUAUUCCCUGUAACUUCCGCCAUUGUUAUGGAUCAAGCUGAUUUCUUUUCUGUGCCUACGUAUGUGGGAUCUACACUGAGCGCUGAGGAGCGCUCGGCCCUGUUGGCUCGUCCCAUCAAGAAUACCGAAAAUAUUCGCAAACUCGUUACUCCCAUAAUUGACGACGUUAAAGCUCGCGGUGAUGCUGCUCUUAUUGAUUUUGCCAAGCGUUUCGAAAAAGCCGACUUAAAGCAAGCCGUUUUGAAGGCUCCUUUUCCUAGACAUCUUAUGAAUAUUUCCGAGCAAACAAAGCGUGACAUUGAUACCGCUUAUAACAACAUCCACGCCUUCCACAAAGCACAAUUGAGACCUUCUAUUUCGGUAGAGACAAUGAAGGGCGUCGUUUGUCAACGUGUCUCUCGUCCCAUCGAACGUGUUGGGCUUUACGUUCCCGGCGGUACUGCCGUUCUUCCUUCCACAGCUUUGAUGCUGGGUGUUCCUGCCAAGGUUGCUGGCUGUCCUCACAUUGUGUUUUCGACGCCUGUUCGUAAAGACGGCACUGUUGCUCCUGAAAUUGUGUACAUCGCCAACAAACUCGGUGCUGAGGCCAUCGUGUUGGCUGGUGGUGCCCAGGCUAUCGCUGCCAUGGCUUACGGUACUCAAUCGCUUGUUAAGGUUCAUAAAAUUUUUGGUCCUGGUAACCAAUUCGUCACGGCUGCUAAGAUGCACGUUCAAAACGACUACAGUGCUUUAGUCGCUAUUGACUUGCCUGCUGGUCCCUCUGAGGUUCUUGUGAUUGCCGAUGAGAGUUGUGUGCCUGAACACGUUGCUCUUGACUUGCUGUCUCAAGCCGAGCACGGUUUAGACAGUCAAAUCGUUCUUCUGGCUGUUAACCUUUCUCCUGCCAAGUUCGCUGAACUGGAACGUCAAAUCCACGAACACACCGUCCGCCUCUCUCGUUCCACCAUCAUUCAAAAGGUUUUGACUCAAUCCGCCAUCAUUCGCCUGAACACUGUUGAAGAGGCAUUUGAAUGGUCCAACUUGUAUGGUCCCGAGCAUCUUGUUCUCCACCUCGUCAACGCCGCCUCCUACAUCCCCAAGAUCCAAAACGCUGGUAGCGUUUUCGUUGGUCCUUGGUCUCCUGUCAGCAUGGGUGACUAUGCUUCCGGUACGAAUCAUACUCUCCCCACUUACGGUUAUGCCAAUGCCUACUCUGGCGUAAACACUGACAGCUUCCUGAAAUACAUCACUACACAGGAGUUGACUCGCAAGGGCAUCGAGCUUCUUGGUCCCACUGUCGUUCGCUUGGCACACUUGGAGGGAUUGACUGCCCAUGCUGACUCUGUGCAAGUCCGUCUCCGCACCAAGCUUUAAAUAUUCACAGUCCAUGCAUCCGUACACCAAGUCUCUGUGAAGGCAAUUUUGUGAAUCUUGUAGACAUUCUUGUAGCUAAUUUGUUAUCGUUUUUCCACCAUUUCAACAACUUCUUUCCCCCUUCGACAAUUUCUACGCGUCGCGUCCCAGACGUACAAUAAG